AAAUGACGUCAGCGCGCCUGCGUGACUCUGUCCUCUAGCUGACGUCGCGUAGCUGCAGCAGCGAGCAGUGUUUACUGUUUACUUCACUUCGUCCUGUAAUCAUCUCCUGACGGACAAUGGCUGGAACUCUGGCGCGUAAAGCCGUGGAUCAUCUCCGCAGUAAAGAGUUCAGAGAUUACCUCACGAGGUCACAUUUCUGGGGUCCGGUGGCAAACUGGGGCCUGCCCAUCGCCGCCAUCAGCGACAUGAAGAAGAGUCCAGAGAUCAUCAGCGGCAGAAUGACCUUCGCUCUCACCUGCUACUCGCUGCUGUUCAUGCGCUUCGCCUACAAGGUCCAGCCCAGAAACUGGCUUCUGUUCGCCUGCCACUUCACCAAUGAAGCGGCUCAGCUCGUUCAGGGCAGCAGACUCAUCAAAUACAACAUGGAGAAGAAGAUGGCCAAGUGAUGAAGGUUUAUGUGCAUAGCGCUCACGGUCAAGCUUCUUAGGAGAUCCGCCAAUCUGAUCUGUUUCAACACAAUAAAUAACCGUUCAUAAACAUAGAUGACUGGUUUUAUGCUGUUUCCUCUCUGUUACACAUAUAACAUUUUAAGCCUGGUUGUGACGCAGCUUUGAAGGUUACGUUUGUAUGUAAUGUAGAAAUACUUGAUUAAUAUAUUUCCAUACGUAAUGCAAUCAGUGUGUGUUAAAAAUGAAUACGGAGAAACAAUAAAACACGUAA